AUGCAUAUCUUUCUCUCUUUCGAGUUUUGCUCUUUCAUUAUCUCUUUCCCUCGUUCUUUAUUUAUCUCUAUUUUAUUCUCUCUCUCACAUUCUAUCUUUCGCUCUUCAUCACUAUCAUUCUCUCCGUCUCUCCCUCUCUCUCUCUCUCUCUUUUCUUUGACCAUCUUCCGACAUUUUCUUGUGCUUUUGUUCUCUUUCUUGUUUUCUCUGUCGUUCUUCCAUUUACCUUUUUUUUCGCUUUCUUUCUUUCUCUUUCGUUCAUUCACUGCCUCUCUCUCUCUCUCUUUCUUUCAUUCUUUCACUUUUCUCCAUUAUUUUUUUCUUCCAUUUUUUCUUUUUCUUGUUUAUUUAUUUUUUCUUCUUUCAGUUCCUCCAUUUUUUUCGUCUUUUUGUUUCUUCAUUUUAUUCCUGUUUUUGUUUCUCAAUUUUUUGAUCUUUUUGUUUCUUUACCUUUCUAUUUCUUCCUAUUUUAUCAUUUUGUUCCACCAUUUCUUUCUUUCUGUUUGCCCACAUUGUCUACUUUUUGUUUAUCCAUUUUUCAUUCUUUUUGUGUCUUCAUUUUUUCUUCCUUUUGUUCCUCCAUUUUUCAUUCUUUUUGUGUCUUCAUUUUUUUCUUACUUUUGUUCCUCCAUUUUUCAUACUUUUUGUGUCUCCCUUUUUUCUUCCUUUUGUUCCUCCAUUUUUCAUACUUUUUGUGUCUCCCUUUUUUCUUACUUUUGUUCUUCCAUUUUUCAUUCUUUUUGUGUCUUCAUUUUUCUUCCUUUUGUUCCUCCAUUUUUCAUUCUUUUUGUGUCUUCAUUUUUUCUUCCUUUUGUUCUUCCAUUUUUCAUUCUUUUUGUGUCUCCAUUUUUUCUUCCAUUUGUUCCUCCAUUUUUCAUUCUUUUUGUGUCUUCAUUUUUUCUUCCUUUUGUUCCUCCAUUUUUCAUUCUUUUUGUGUCUUCAUUUUUUUCUUACUUUUGUUCCUCCAUUUUUCAUACUUUUUGUGUCUCCCUUUUUUCUUCCUUUUGUUCCUCCAUUUUUCAUACUUUUUGUGUCUCCCUUUUUUCUUCCUUUUGUACUUCCAUUUUUCAUUCUUUUUUUGUCUCCAUUUUUUCUUCCUUUUGUUCUUCCAUUUUUCAUUCUUUUUGUGUCUUCAUUUUUUCUUCCUUUUGUUCCUCCAUUUUUCAUUCUUUUUGUGUCUUCAUUUUUUCUUCCUUUUGUUCUUCCAUUUUUCAUUCUUUUUGUGUCUCCAUUUUUUCUUCCUUUUGUUCCUCCAUUUUUCAUUCUUUUUGUGUCUUCAUUUUUUCUUCCUUUUGUUCCUCCAUUUUUCAUUCUUUUUGUGUCUUCAUUUUUUCUUCCUUUUGUUCUUCCAUUUUUCAUUCUUUUUCUGUCUCCAUUUUUCUUCCUUUUGUUCUUCCAUUUUUCUUUUCUUUUUGUGUCUUCAUUUUUUUUCUUCCUUUUGUUCUUCCAUUUUUCAUUCUUUUUUUGUGUCUUCAUUUUUUCUUCCUUUUGUUCUUCCAUUUUCAUUCUUUUUGUGUCUCCAUUUUUUCUUCCUUUUGUUUCUCCAUUUUUCAUUCUUUUUGUGUCUUCAUUUUUUUCUUUUUUGUUCCUCCAUUUUUCAUUCUUUUUGUGUCUUCAUUUUUUUCUUACUUUUGUUCCUCCAUUUUUCAUACUUUUUGUGUCUCCCUUUUUUCUUCCUUUUGUUCCUCCAUUUUUUUCAUACUUUUUGUGUCUCCUUUUUUUCUCCUUUUGUACUUCCAUUUUUCAUUCUUUUUGUGCCUCCAUUUUUUUCCCUUUUUGUUCCUCCAUUUUUCAUUCUUUUUGUGUCUUCCUUUUUUCUUCCUUUUGUUCUUCCAUUUUUCAUUCUUUUUGUGUCUUCAUUUUUUUCUUCCUUUUGUUCCUCCAUUUUUCAUUCUUUUUGUGUCUUCAUUUUUUCUUCCUUUUGUUCCUCCAUUUUUCAUUCUUUUUGUGUCUUCAUUUUUUUCUUACUUUUGUUCCUCCAUUUUUCAUACUUUUUGUGUCUCCCUUUUUUCUUCCUUUUGUUCCUCCAUUUUCAUACUUUUUUGUGUCUCCUUUUUUUCUUCCUUUUGUACUUCCAUUUUUCAUUCUUUUUGUGUCUCCAUUUUUUCUUCCUUUUGUACUUCCAUUUUUCAUUCUUUUGUGUCUUCAUUUUUCUUCCUUUUGUUCUUCCAUUUUCAUUCUUUUUUGUCUCUCCAUUUUUCUUCCUUUUGUUCCUCCAUUUUUCAUUCUUUUUGUGUCUUCAUUUUUUCUUCCUUUUGUUCUUCCAUUUUUCAUUCUUUUUGUGUCUCCAUUUUUUCUUCCUUUUGUUCUUCCAUUUUUCAUUCUUUUUGUGUCUUCAUUUUUUCUUCCUUUUCUUCCUCCAUUUUUCAUUCUUUUUGUGUCUUCAUUUUUUCUCCCUUUUGUUCUUCCAUUUUUCAUUCUUUUUGUGUCUCCAUUUUUUCUUCCUUUUGUUCCUCCAUUUUUCAUUCUUUUUGUGUCUUCAUUUUUUUCUUCCUUUUGUUCCUCCAUUUUUCAUUCUUUUUGUGUCUUCAUUUUUUAUUCCUUUUGUUCUUCCAUUUUUCAUUCUUUUUGUGUCUCCAUUUUUUCUUCCUUUUGUUCUUCCAUUUUUCAUUCUUUUUGUGUCUCCAUUUUUUCUUCCUUUUGUUCCUCCAUUUUUCAUUCUUUUUGUGUCUCCCUUUUUUCUUCCUUUUGUACUUCCAUUUUUCAUUCUUUUUGUGUCUUCAUUUUUUUUUUCUUCCUUUUUUUCUCCAUUUUUCAUACUUUUUUUCUCCUUUUUUCUUCUUUUUUUUUGUUCCUCCAUUUUUCAUUCUUUUUGUGUCUUCAUUUUUUCUUCCUUUUGUUCCUCCAUUUUUCAUUCUUUUUGUGUCUUCAUUUUUUUCUUACUUUUGUUCCUCCAUUUUUCAUACUUUUUUUGUUUUUUUUCUUCCUUUUCUCCUUUUUUCUUCCUUUUGUUCCUCCAUUUUUCCUCCUUUUUCAUUCUCCCUUUCUUUUCUUCCUUUUUUGUACUUCCAUUUUUCAUUCUUUUUUGUGUCUCCAUUUUUCUUCCUUUUGUUCCUCCAUUUUCAUUCUUUUUGUGUCUUCAUUUUUUUCUUCCUUUUUGUUCCUCCAUUUUUCAUUCUUUUUGUGUCUCCAUUUUUCUUCCUUUUGUUCUUCCAUUUUUCAUUCUUUUUGUGUCUCAUUUUUUCUUCCUUUUGUUCCUCCAUUUUCAUUCUUUUUGUGUCUUCAUUUUUUCUUCUUCCUUUUGUUCUUCCAUUUUUCAUUCUUUUUUUGUGUCUCCAUUUUUCUUCCUUUUGUUCCUCCAUUUUUCAUUCUUUUUGUUCUUCAUUUUUUCUUUUGUGUCUUCCAUUUUUUCUUCCUUUUUUUCCAUUUUUCAUUCUUUUUGUGUCUUCAUUUUUCUUCCUUUUGUUCUUCCAUUUUUCAUUCUUUUUGUGUCUUCAUUUUUUCUUCCUUUUGUUCUUCCAUUUUUCAUUCUUUUGUGUCUCCAUUUUUUCUUCCUUUUGUUCUUUUUUUCUUCCAUUUUUCAUUUUUCUUUUUUGUUCUUUUCAUUUUUUUUUCAUUUUUUUUCCUUUUUUUCCUUCUUCAUUUUUCAUUCUUUUUUUUUGUCUCCAUUUUUUUCUUCCUUUUGUUCUUCCAUUUUUCAUUCUUUUUUGUCUUCAUUUUUUCUUCCUUUUUUUUCCUCCCAUUUUCAUUCCUUUGUUUUUUUUAUUUUUUUCCUCCAUUUUUCAUUUUUUGUGUCAUUUUUUCUUUUUUGUGUCUUUUUCAUUUUUGUCUCCUUUUUCUUUUUGUUCCUCCAUUUUUCAUUCUUUUUUGUGUCUCCAUUUUUCUUCCUUUUGUUCUUCCAUUUUUCAUUCUUUUUUGUCUCCAUUUUUCUUCCUUUUGUUCUUCCAUUUUUCAUUCUUUUUGUGUCUCCAUUUUUUCUUCCUUUUGUUCUUCCAUUUUUCAUUCUUUUUUGUGUCUCCAUUUUUCUUCCUUUUGUUCUUCCAUUUUCAUUCUUUUUUGUGUGUCUCCAUUUUUUCUUCCUUUUGUUCCUCCAUUUUUCAUUCUUUUUGUGUCUUCCUUUUUUUCUUCCUUUUGUUCCUUCCAUUUUCAUUUUUUUGUGUCUCCUUUUUUCUUCCUUUUUUUCCUCCAUUUUCAUUCUUUUUUGUGUCUUCAUUUUUCUUCCUUUUGUUCCUCCAUUUUCAUUCUUUUGUGUCUCCCUUUUUUUCUUCCUUUUGUUCCUCCAUUUUUCAUUCUUUUUGUGUCUCUUUUUUUUUCUUCCUUUUGUUCCUCCAUUUUUCAUUCUUUUUUUUGUGUCUCCAUUUUUUCUUCCUUUUGUUCUUCCAUUUUUUCAUUCUUUUGUGUCUCCCUUUUUCUUCCUUUUGUUCCUCCAUUUUUCAUUCUUUUUUGUGUCUUCAUUUUUUCUUCCUUUUGUUCCUCCAUUUUUCAUUCUUUUUUGUCUUCAUUUUUCUUCCUUUUGUUCUUCCAUUUUUCAUUCUUUUUGUGUCUCCAUUUUUCAUUCUUCCUUUUUUUCUUCCAUUUUUCUUUUUUUGUCUUCAUUUUUUUUCCUUUUGUUCUUCCAUUUUUCAUUCUUUUUUUUUGUCUUCAUUUUUCUUCCUUUUUGUUCUUCCAUUUUUCAUUCUUUUUUGUCUUCAUUUUUUCUUCCUUUUGUUCCUCCAUUUUUCAUUCUUUUUUUGUCUUCAUUUUUUUUCCUUUUGUUCCUUUUUCAUUCUUUUGUGUCUUUUUUCUUUUUUUCAUUUUUUUUUUUGUGUCUUCAUUUUUUCUUCCUUUUGUUCUUCCAUUUUCAUUCUUUUUUGUGUCUCUUCCAUUUUUUCUUUUCAUUCUUUUUGUUCUUUUUUCUUCCUUUUUUCAUUCUUUUUUUUCUUUUUGUUCUUCCAUUUUUUUUUUUGUCUUCUUUUUUUUUCCUCCAUUUUUUCAUUCUUUUUUGUGUCUUCAUUUUUUUCUUUUUUGUUCCUCCAUUUUUCAUUCUUUUUGUGUCUUCAUUUUUCUUCCUUUUGUUCCUCCAUUUUUCAUUCUUUUUGUGUCUUCAUUUUUUUUUCUUUUUUUCCUUCCAUUUUUUCAUUCUUUUUGUGUCUCCCUCUUUUUUUUUCUUUUUCUUCCUUUUGUUCUUCCAUUUUUUCAUUUUUUUUUGUCUUUUUUUUCUUCCUUUUUGUUCUUCCAUUUUUUUCUUUUUGUGUUUUGUUUUUCUUCCUUUUUUCUUCCAUUUUUUUUUUUUGUGUCUUCAUUUUUUCUUCCUUUGUUCUUUUCAUUCUUUUUGUCUUCAUUUUUUCUUCCUUUUUUUCCUCCAUUUUUCAUUCUUUUUUUCAUUUUUUUCUUCCUUUUUUUCCUCCAUUUUUCAUUCUUUUUGUGUCUCCAUUUUUUUUCUUUUUGUUCCUCCAUUUUUCAUUCUUUUUUUUUCCUUUUUUUUUUCUUCCUUUUGUUCCUCCAUUUUCAUUUUUUUCCAUGUCUUCAUUUUUUUUUUUCUUCCUUUUGUUCCUCCAUUUUUCAUUCUUUUUGUGUCUUCAUUUUUUCUUCCUUUUGUUCUUCCAUUUUUCAUUCUUUUUGUGUCUCCAUUUUUUCUUCCUUUUGUUCCUCCAUUUUUCAUUCUUUUUGUGUCUUCAUUUUUUCUUCCUUUUGUUCUUCCAUUUUUUCCUUUUUUUUUUUUUCUUUUUGUUUUCUUUUUUUUUCUUCCUUUUUUUUCCUCCAUUUUUCAUUCUUUUUGUGUCUCCAUUUUUUUUGUUCCUUUUUUCUUUUUUUGUUUUUUUUCUUUUUUGUCUUCCAUUUUCUUCCUUUUUGUUCCUCCAUUUUUCAUUCUUUUUUUUCAUUUUUUUUCAUUUUUUUCUUUUUUUUUUCUUCCAUUUUUCAUUCUUUUUGUGUCUUCAUUUUUUCAUUUUUUCUUCCUUUUUUCCUCCAUUUUUCAUUUUUUUUUUUUCUUCAUUUUUUUUUUUUCUUCCUUUUGUUCCUCCAUUUUCAUUCUUUUUUGUGUCUUCAUUUUUUCUUCCUUUUGUUCCUCCAUUUUCAUUCUUUUUGUGUCUCCCUUUUUCUUCCUUUUGUUCCUCCAUUUUUUCAUUCUUUUUGUGUCUCCAUUUUUCUUUUUUCCUUUUUUCUUCCAUUUUUUCUUUUUUUGUCUUCAUUUUUCUUCCUUUUGUUCUUCCAUUUUUUUCAUUCUUUUUUGUGUCUUCAUUUUUUUGUUCUUCCUUUUUUUCCUUUUUUUUCAUUCUUUUUUGUUCUUCAAUUUUUCAUUUUUUUUUCCUUUUUUCUUCCAUUUUCAUUCAUUCUUUUUUUUGUGUCUCCAUUUUUUCUUCCUUUUUUUCCUCCAUUUUCAUUCUUUUUGUGUCUCCAUUUUUUCUUCCUUUUGUUCCUCCAUUUUUCAUUCUUUUUUGUCUUCAUUUUUUCUUCCUUUUGUUCUUCCAUUUUUCAUUCUUUUGUGUCUCCAUUUUUUUCUUCCUUUUGUUCCUUCCAUUUUUUUCCUUCUCAUUCUUUUGUGUCUUCAUUUUUUCUUUUUUUUCCAUUCCUCCAUUUUCAUUCUUUUUUGUGUCUUCAUUUUUCUUCCUUUUGUUCUUCCAUUUUCAUUCUUUUUGUGUCUUCAUUUUUUCUUCCUUUUUGUUCCUCCAUUUUUCAUUUUUUUGUGUCAUUCUUUUUUUCUUUUGUUCCUCCAUUUUCAUUUUUUUUCCUUUUUUUUCCUUCCUCCAUUUUCAUUCUUUUUGUGUCUUCAUUUUUUUCUUCCUUUUGUUCCUCCAUUUUCAUUCUUUUUGUGUCUCCUUUUUUCUUCCUUUUGUUCUUCCAUUUUUUCAUUCUUUUUGUGUCUCCCUUUUUUCUUCCUUUUGUACUUCCAUUUUUCAUUCUUUUUGUGUCUCCAUUUUUUCUUCCUUUUGUUCUUCCAUUUUUCAUUCUUUUUGUGUCUUCAUUUUUUCUUCCUUUUGUUCUUCCAUUUUUCAUUCUUUUUGUGUCUCCAUUUUUUCUUCCUUUUGUUCCUCCAUUUUUCAUUCUUUUUGUGUCUUCAUUUUUUCUUCCUUUUGUUCUUCCAUUUUUCAUUCUUUUUGUGUCUCCAUUUUUUCUUCCUUUUGUUCUUCCAUUUUUCAUUCUUUUUGUGUCUUCAUUUUUUCUUCCUUUUGUUCUUCCAUUUUUCAUUCUUUUUUUGUGUCUCCAUUUUUUUCUUCCUUUUGUUUUUUUUCAUCUUUUUGUGUCUUCAUUUUUUCUUCCUUUUGUUCCUCCAUUUUUCAUUCUUUUUGUGUCUUCAUUUUUUUCUUCCUUUUGUUCUUCCAUUUUCAUUCUUUUUGUGUCUUCCAUUUUUUCUUCCUUUUUUCCUCCAUUUUCAUUCUUUUUUUUUUUUUUUCUUCCUUUUGUUUCCUCCAUUUUUCAUUCUUUUUUUUCCUUUUGUUCUUCCAUUUUCAUUCUUUUUUGUGUCUCAUUUUUUCUUCCUUUUGUUCUUCCAUUUUUCAUUCUUUUUUUUUUUCUCCAUUUUUUCUUCCUUUUUCUUUCUUCCAUUUUUCAUUCUUUUUGUGUCUCCAUUUUUUUUUCCUUUUGUUCCUCCAUUUUUCAUUCUUUUUUGUGUCUCCAUUUUUUCUUCCUUUUUUUGUUCCUCCAUUUUUCAUUCUUUUUUGUCUUCCUUUUUUUCUUCCUUUUGUUCUUCCAUUUUCAUUCUUUUUUUUUUGUCUCCAUUUUUCUUCUUUUUUUUCUUCCAUUUUCAUUCUUUUUGUUUCAUUUUUUCUUCCUUUUGUUCUUCCAUUUUUUUCUUUUUGUGUCUCUUUUUCCCUUUUGUUCUUCCAUUUUCAUUCUUUUUGUGUCUCCAUUUUUCUUCCUUUUGUUCCUCCAUUUUCAUUCUUUUGUGUCUUCAUUUUUUCUUCCUUUUUGUUCUUCCAUUUUCAUUUCUUUUUGUGUCUCCAUUUUUUUUCUUUUGUUCUUUUUUUCCUUCAUUUUUGUCUUUUUUUUUUUGUGUCUUUUUCAUUUUUUUGUCUUUUUUGUUCCUUUUGUUCCUCCAUUUUCAUUCUUUUUGUCUCCUUUUUUCUUUUUUGUUCCUCCAUUUUUUCAUUCUUUUUGUCUUCCAUUUUUUCUUCCUUUUGUUCUUCCAUUUUCAUUCUUUUUGUGUCUCCAUUUUUUCUUCCUUUUGUUCUUCCAUUUUUUCAUUCUUUUGUGUCUUCAUUUUUCUUCCUUUUGUUCUUCCAUUUUCAUUCUUUUUUGUCUUCAUUUUUCUUCCUUUUGUUCCUCCAUUUUUCAUUCUUUUUUGUGUCUUCAUUUUUUUCUUCCUUUUGUUCCUCCAUUUUCAUUCUUUUUUGUGUCUUCAUUUUUCUUCCUUUUGUUCUUCCAUUUUCAUUCUUUUGUGUCUUCCUUUUUUCUUCCUUUUGUUCUUCCAUUUUUCCUUCUUUUUGUGUCUUCAUUUUUUUCUUCCUUUUGUUCCUCCAUUUUUCAUUCUUUUUGUGUCUUCAUUUUUUCUUUCUUUUGUUCCUUUUUUCAUUCUUUUUGUGUCUUCCUUUUUCUUCUUUUUUGUUCUUCCUUUUUCUUUCUUUUGUUCUUCCAUUUUCAUUCUUUUUGUUCUUCCAUUUUUUCUUUCCUUUUUUCCUUCCAUUUUUUGUUCCUUCAUUUUUGUUCUUUUGUUCUUUUUUUCUUCCUUUUGUUCUUCCAUUUUUCAUUCUUUUUUGUCUCCAUUUUCUUCCUUUUGUUUCUUCUUUUUGUGUCUCCAUUUUUUCUUUUUUUGUUCUUCCAUUUUCAUUCUUUUUGUGUCUUCAUUUUUUCUUCCUUUUGUUCUUCCAUUUUCAUUCUUUUUGUGUCUUCAUUUUUCUUCAUUUUUUCUUCCUUUUUUCCUCCAUUUUCAUUCUUUUUGUGUCUUCAUUUUUUCUUCCUUUUGUUCUUCCAUUUUCAUUCUUUUUUGUGUCUCCAUUUUUCUUCCUUUUGUUCUUCCAUUUUCAUUCUUUUUUGUGUCUCCAUUUUUUUUCCUUUUGUUCCUCCAUUUUUCAUUCUUUUGUGUCUUCAUUUUUUUCUUCCUUUUGUUCCUUCCAUUUUCAUUCUUUUUGUGUCUUCAUUUUUUCUUCUUUUUGUUCCUCCAUUUUCAUUCUUUUUGUGUCUUCAUUUUUUUCUUUUUUUUCCUCCAUUUUUUCAUUCUUUUGUGUGUCUUUUGUUCAUUUUUUCAUUCUUUUUUGUCUUCAUUUUUUUCCUUUUGUUCCUCCAUUUUUCAUUCUUUUUGUGUCUUCAUUUUUUCUUCCUUUUGUUCCUCCAUUUUCAUUCUUUUUGUGUCUUCAUUUUUUUUCUUCCUUUUGUUCCUCCAUUUUUCAUUUGUUUUUUUUCUUCCUUUUGUUCUCCAUUUUUCAUCUUUUGUGUCUUCAUUUUUUCUUCCUUUUGUUUCCUCCAUUUUUUUCAUUCUUUUGUGUCUUCAUUUUUUCUUCCUUUUGUUCCUCCAUUUUCAUUCUUUUGUGUCUUCAUUUUUUCUUCCUUUUUUUCUUCCAUUUUUCAUUCUUUUUUGUGUCUCCAUUUUUUCUUCCUUUUGUUCCUCCAUUUUCAUUCUUUUGUGUCUUCCAUUUUUUCUUCCUUUUGUUCCUCCAUUUUUCAUUCUUUUUUUCUGUCUUCAUUUUUUCUUCCUUUUGUUCCUCCAUUUUUCAUUCUUUUUUUUUUUCUUCAUUUUUUUUUUUUUCCUUUUGUUCCUCCAUUUUCAUUUCCUUUUUUUUGUGUCUUCAUUUUUUCUUCCUUUUGUUCCUCCAUUUUUCAUUCUUUUUGUGUCUCCCUUUUUUUCCUUUUGUUUCUUCCAUUUUUCAUUCUUUUGUGUCUUCAUUUUUUUUCCUUUUGUUCUUCCAUUUUUCUUCAUUUGUCUUUUUUUGUCUUCUCUUUUUUUUUCUUUUCUUUCUUUUUUGUUCUUCCAUUUUCAUUCUUUUUGUUUCAUUUUUCUUCCUUUUGUUCUUUUUUCAUUCUUUUGUGUCUUCAUUUUUUUCCUUUUGUUCUUCCAUUUUUCAUUCUUUUUUGUGUCUUCAUUUUUUCUUCCUUUUUGUUCUUCCAUUUUUCAUUCUUUUUUGUGUCUCCAUUUUUUCUUCCUUUUGUUCUUCCAUUUUUCAUUCUUUUUUUCUUCAUUUUUUUCCUCCAUCCUCCAUUUUCAUUCUUUUUUGUGUCUUCAUUUUUUCUUCCUUUUGUUCUUCCAUUUUUCAUUCUUUUUUUUGUCUUUUUUUCUUCCUUUUGUUCCUCCAUUUUUCAUUCUUUUUUGUGUCUUCAUUUUUUUUCUUCCUUUUGUUCCUCCAUUUUUUCAUUCUUUUUGUGUCUUCAUUUUUAUUCCUUUUGUUCUUCCAUUUUCAUUCUUUUUGUGUCUCCAUUUUUUCUUCCUUUUGUUCUUCCAUUUUUCUUCUCUUUUUUUCCUUUCUUCCUUCCAUUUUUCUUUCUUUUUGUGUUCCUUUUUUUUCAUUUUUUUCAUUCUUUUUGUGUCUCCAUUUUUUUCUUCCUUUUGUUUCCAUUUUUCAUUCUUUUUUGUGUCUUCAUUUUUUUCUUCCUUUUGUUCUUCCAUUUUCAUUCUUUUUUGUGUCUUCAUUUUUUCUUCCUUUUGUUCUUCCAUUUUCAUUUUUGUCUUUUUGUGUCUCCAUUUUUCAUUCUUUUUGUUCCUCCAUUUUUCAUUCUUUUUUUGUGUCUUCAUUUUUUUUGUCUUCUUUUGUUCUUCCAUUUUCAAUUCUUUUUGUGUCUCCAUUUUUCUUCCUUUUGUUCCUCCAUUUUUUCAUUCUUUUUGUGUCUUCAUUUUUCUUCCUUUUGUUCCUCCAUUUUUCAUUCUUUUUGUGUCUUCAUUUUUUCUUCCUUUUGUUCCUCCAUUUUUCAUACUUUUUUUGUGUCUCCCUUUUUCUUCCUUUUGUUCCUCCAUUUUCAUACUUUUUUGUGUCUCCUUUUUCUUCCUUUUGUUCCUCCAUUUUUCAUACUUUUGUGUCUCCCUUUUUCUUCCUUUUUGUUCCUCCAUUUUCAUUUUUUUGUGUCUCCCUUUUUCUUCCUUUUGUUCUUCCAUUUUUCAUUUUUUGUUCCUUUUUCUUUUUUUCCAUUUUUCAUUCUUUUUGUGUCUUCAUUUUUUUUCUUCCUUUUGUUCCUCCAUUUUUCAUUCUUUUUGUGUCUUCAUUUUUUCUUCCUUUUGUUCCUCCAUUUUUCAUUCUUUUUGUGUCUUCAUUUUUUCUUCCUUUUGUUCCUCCAUUUUUUCAUUCUUUUUUGUGUCUCCUUUUUUUCUUCCUUUUGUUCUUCCAUUUUCAUUCUUUUUGUGUCUCCUUUUUUUCUUCCUUUUGUUCUUCCAUUUUCAUUCUUUUUGUGUCUCCUUUUUUCUUUCCUUUUGUUCUUCCAUUUUUCAUUCUUUUUUGUGUCUCCAUUUUUCUUCCUUUUGUUCUUCCAUUUUCAUUCUUUUUGUGUCUUCAUUUUUUCUUCCUUUUGUUCUUCCAUUUUUCAUUCUUUUUUGUGUCUUCAUUUUUUCUUCCUUUUGUUCUUCCAUUUUUCAUUUCUUUUUCAUGUUUCUCUUUUUUUUUUCUUUUUUUCCUUUUGUUCCUUCCAUUUUUCAUUCUUUUUGUGUCUUUUUCAUUUUUUGUGUCUUCCUUUUUUUCUUCCUUUUGUUUCCAUCAUUUUUCAUUCUUUUGUGUCUUCAUUUUUUCUUCCUUUUGUUCCUCUAUUUUUCAUUCUUUUUGUGUCUUCAUUUUUUCUUCCUUUUGUUCCUCUAUUUUUCAUUCUUUUUGUGUCUUCAUUUUUUCUUCCUUUUGUUCAUCUAUUUUUCAUUCUUUUUGUGUCUCCAUUUUUUCUUCCUUUUGUUCCUCCAUUUUUCAUUCUUUUUGUGUCUUCAUUUUUUCUUCCUUUUGUUCCUCCAUUUUUCAUUCUUUUUGCUACUCCGUCUUUUAUUCUUUUCGUUUCUCCGUUUUUCUAUUUGUUUCUUUUUUUUUCUUCUUUGUAUUUCUCCAUUUUUCCUUCUAUUUGUUCUUACGUUUUUUGUCUUCUUUAUUCCUACGUUUUCCAUUCUUUUUCAUCCUUCAUUUUCCUUCUUUCUCUUUCACUAUUAUCCUUCUUUUUAUUCUUCCAUUUUUUUCUCUCUUCUCUUCCUCUAUUGUCCCUUCCUUUUUUUCCUAUGUUUUAUUUUUGUUCCUACUUUUUUCUUCUAUUCAUUUCUCAUUUUUUUUGUUGCUAUAUUUUUUGUUUUUUGUCGUUAUCUUCUUUUUCCUCCAUUUUUCAUUCUUUUUGUUCCUAAGUUUUGUUUUUCUUUUUUGUCCUCGUUUUUUUCUUCUUUUUGUUCCUCCAUUUUUUUCUUCUUUUGGUUUCUCCGUUUUUUCUUCCAUUUUUCUUUGUCCAUUUUCCUUCUUUAUGUUCCUCCAUUUUUUUUACUUUUUCUUACUACAUAUUUCUGUUCUUCCAUUUUUAUUUAUUGUUUCGUAA